AUGUCGACACAAACACCAACGACGCAGACAUUGCCGACGACCUCGAAGCAGUGGAACGUCAUAGCCAAGGGCCAAGACGGCUUCGACAAUCUCCGCUUCUCCGAGCAGCCCGUCCCCGCCCUCGGCGACAGCCAGGUGCUCGUGAAGCUGCAGGCAGCAUCUCUCAACUAUCGCGACCUCACCAUCCCGCUCGGCACGUAUCCCUUCCCCACCAUGCCCGGCGUCGUGCCCGGCUCCGACGGGGCCGGCAUCGUCAUCGCCGUGGGCCGGCAAGUCACCCGCUUCCGGCCCGGCGACAAGGUCAUCACCCUCUUCAACCAGGAGCACAUCGGCGGGCCCCUGACGGCCGCCGCCUCCGGCACCCACCUCGGCGGCGCCCGUCACGGCACCCUCCGCUCCGUCGGCGCCUUCAACGAGCAGGGCCUCGUGCACCAGCCCGAGAGCCUCUCGGCCGUCGAGGCCUCGACGCUGCCGUGCGCCGGACUGACGGCCUGGAACGCGCUCCACGGCCUCCCCGGCCACCAGAUCAAGGCCGGCGACUGGGUCCUCACCCAAGGCACCGGCGGCGUCAGCAUCUUCGCGCUGCGCUUCGCCAAGGCGGCCGGCGCCCGCGUCGUCGCCACCACGGGCUCCCCUGAAAAGGUGGCCAUGCUCCGGAGGCUCGGCGCCGACCACGUCAUCAACUACCGCGACGAGGCCGGAUGGGGCGACGUGGCCAAGGCCUUCACCGGCGGUCUCGGCGUCGAUCACGUCGUCGAGGUCGCCGGUCCGUCGUCCAUGGCGCAGAGCCUCGCCGCCGUCAAGGUGGGCGGCGUCAUCACCGUCGUCGGCUACGUCGCCGGCGCCGGCCGGGAGCAGCCGGGCUUCCUCGACUGCCUCCUGCGCUUCUGCACCGUCCGCGGCGUCCUCGUCGGCAGCCGCGCGCAGCUCGAGGACAUGUGUCGGGCCGUCGACGCGAACCCCGAGGCGCUGCGGCCCGUCGUCGACGGGCAGCUCUUCACGCUCGAGCGGGCGCGGGAGGCCUACGAGUACCAGUGGUCGGGCAAGCACUUUGGCAAGGUCUGCAUCGUCAUGGGGAACUCGGCGUCUUUAGGGGAUGAUACAGAUAUAUAG